AUGGAUAGUGGUAAUGACACUGAAACUCAUAAUACUCCAUCAGAAUCAGCAGCUUCUGCAUCAUUUCUUCCACUUCCACCAUCUAGUUUAGGGAAAAGAAAACCAUCUAGGAAAUCAUCCAUAAUGUGGGAUCAUUAUGAGAAAAUAGAAAAUUCAGAUCCUGAUAAUCCUAGAUGUAAAUGCAAAUAUUGUGGCGGGGACUGUGCUUGUAAUAGUAAAUCUAGGACAAGUACUCUGUUGAAUCAUUUAAAUCAUUAUUGUAAGAAGUACCCUUAUAGAGUGCAAGAUAAAAAGCAAAAAAUCUUAACUUUUGGGGCCCAAAAUGAAAGUGAUGAAAGCAAUCUUUUUGCUGUUGGUUUUAAUAAGGAAGCAUGUGGGCUUGCAUGUGCUAAAAUGAUAAUCUUAGAUGAACUCCCAUUUAGUUUUGUUGAAAGUCGUGAUUUUAGAAUGUUUUGCAAAGUAGCAUGUCCUAAAUUUGAUCCUCUGUCUCAAAGAACGAUUGUUAGAGAUAUUUAUGCAUUGUAUUUGGAUGAGAAGUUGCAAUUGAAAAAUACAUUUUCUUUGAAUUGCCAAAGAAUUAGUCUUACCACCAACAUUUGGACUUCCAUUCAAAAUAUCAAUUACAUGUCUCUCACCGUACACUAUAUUGAUUCUAAUUGGAUGCUUCACAAAUGGAUUUUAAAUUUUUGUGUGAUUCCUAAUCAUAAAGGAGAGACAAUAGGAAAGCUAAUUGGGAAUUGUUUGUAUGAAUGGGAUAUUGAGAGGGUGUUUAUAAUCAUAGUUGAUAAUGCUUCUGCAAACAAUGUGGCAAUAGAAUAUAUUAAAAGGAAAUUGAAUAAUUGGAAAGGGUGGAAUUCCACCUACUUAAUGUUAGAAGCAGCUUUGAAAUUCCAAAAAGCUUUUGAAAGGUUGGAAGAGAAUGAUGGUCAUUAUCUAUCCUAUUUUAGAGAGGACGAUGGUCGUAGAAAAAGACUUGGACCACCUAAUUUUGUUGAUUGGAACAAUGCUCUUGUUUUUGUGAAGUUCCUUAAAAGCUUUUAUGAUGUAACUUUAAAGUUUAGUUCUUCACUGCAUAUUAGUUCCAAUGCUUAUUUUCAUGAAAUUUGUUCAAUUCAAUCUCAAUUAGAUGCAUGGAGUUUAAGUGGUGAAUAUCUUUUAAAUGAUAUGGCAACUAAAAUGAAGAGAAAGUUUGAUAAAUAUUGGGGUAAAAUGGAUGAUAUUAAUCCAUUGUUGUUGAUUGCUAUUGUGCUUGAUCCUAGAUAUAAAUUGGACUAUGUGGAGUAUUGUUUUGGUGAUGUUUAUGCUGAAGAUGUUGCUAGUUUGAUGACUAAGAAUUUGAAAGAAAUUCUAAUGUCUUUGUAUGAUUGGUAUAAGGCAAGUAAGGUGAUUCUUGAUUGCAAUCAAAGUUCAAAGGAUAAAGAACUUGAAAGUUGUAUGACUAAUGAAAAAUAUUCAGAAGUUGACAUUAAUCUCUUGAGAAUUUCCAAAUUUAAAAGGAAAAAGGCAACAAAGGAAUCUAUUGAGAUUAAAAAUGAUGUGGAUAGGUACCUAUUGGAUCCUUGUGAAGAUAUAUCAAAGAAGGAUUUUGAUGUUCUUAAUUGGUGGAGGGUUAAUGCUACUAAGUAUCCUAUCUUGUCCAAAAUUGCAAAGGAUGUAUUUGCAAUCCAAGUCUCUACCGUGGCUUCUGAAAGUGCAUUUAGCACCGGUGGAAAGAUUCUUGAUCCCUUUCAAAGUUCUUUAACCCCUAAGAUGGUGGAAGUUUUAAUGUGCACCCAAAAUUAG